AAAAAUCUCUCUCCUCAAACUCCAACUCGCAUCUGCUCUUCAUCUCUUUCGUCUUUCUUCCUCCUCCUCCCGCCUCCGGAAUUGUGAUUGCCUCCGCCUCCUUCUCUUAAAAUCCUCAAUCAAAAACCCCAAUUCAAUUUUCUCUCUCCUCAAUCUUCAAUUCGCCGGAGAUCUCGUCGUGCUCUUCAUCUCCUUCCGCCUCCUCCUCUUAAAACCCUAACUACUCUCCUCCCAUAAAACAACCAUCUUUUAGUCGUAUCACCACCUUUAGUCGGCGGCGCUUCUGCUAAUCCUCACUUAUUCUCUCGCUGCUAUUCGCGGUGUUGACGACAGUGGCGGGCGCCCCUCCUGCCCUGGCUCAGGGACGGGUAUGCCCAUAGUGUACACUGGACAAAAGGAAUUUAAGACUUGCUCUUUGAUAAGUUCCGGAAAGAUGAUGGGAAAAUCAAGAAAGUUCGCUGUUGGGAACCAAAGGGGAAUGAUUUCGGAUUACCGGCAUACUGUGGAAACCAUGGCUGAGUCAGAGGGUUUUGGGAGCUCGGGACGAGUAGACACUGAGAUGACUCUAUCAGAGGAUUCUUGCUCUCCGAAGAGGAAGCGCAUCAGUUUAAAUGGGGAUUGUCAUGAUCAGUUUGGGGUUCCUAUGCAAGUUCUUUCCUUUUCCAAGAUGUCGAUGACUGAAAGGAAGGACUUGGAGAUUCGGUUGAGGAGGGAGCUUGAAGAGGUUCGGAUUUUACAGAGGAGAGUUGCAUCGUUCAGUACAAAUGCUAUUGUCUUAUCACCAGCAAGUGACAUUCGUAGUUGCAGUGAUGGGCAGAAGAGGCCUCCACUUGAGAAUCCAUUGAGACGGCCUGAACAUCCAGUACAGGGGAAGAAACAGCCUGUAGGACGUAAUGGGCCCCGUGCGAAAAAGGGCUUCCCUGGACAGGUUGAUCCUCCAAAGCAAAUCGUGUCAAUGAACACUGCUAACCCUAUGCUGAUGAAACGAUGUGAAAACCUCUUGAGUUGGUUGAUGACUAAUCAGUAUGGUUGGGUUUUUAAUGAUCCCGUUGAUGUCAUCAAGCUGAAUAUUCCUGAUUAUUUUACUGUUAUUAAGCACCCCAUGGAUUUUGGCACAAUCAGAAACAAGUUAUCCAGAGGGGAGUACACAAAUCCGUUGGCCUUCGCUGCAGAUGUUAGGCUUACUUUUUCAAAUGCAUUGACGUACAAUCCACCUGGAAAUGAUGUUCAUUUCAUGGCUCAGACACUUAGUAAAAGUUUUGAGCAGAGGUGGAAAGUAAUUGAAAAAAAGAUCCCAACAAAGACAGAUGUUCAGGGGUUGCCUUCACAUUUAGAUGCUCCCAUUCGAAAUGAACCAACAGCCCAUCAUAUUCCUCCUUCUAAAAAAAAGAAGGUUGCUCCCGUGGGAUAUGCAGUGAAAUCACAGCCUAUUAAGAAGGUCAUGACACUUGACGAGAGGCGUAAUUUGAGCGCGGAAUUGGAGGGAUUGAUUGCUGAUUUGCCGGAUACUAUUAUCGAAUUCUUGAAAGCAAAUAGUUCUGCUGAUGGGCAAGGCAACGAGGAUGAGAUUGAGAUUGAUAUUGAUGCUCUCAGUGAUGAUGUCCUGUUUAAGCUAAGAAAGUUGUUAGAUGAUUUCCUGUUGGAAAAAAAGAAGAAUGAGACAAGGGCUGAACCCUGCGAAAUGGAGCUACAUAAUGAGUCCGGGUUUAGCAAUUCGUCUAUUCAAGCUGGAAAAGGCAAUGAUGCAGUUGACGAGGAUAUUGAUAUUGGGGGUAUUGACCAUCCCAUUUCAAGCUUCCCUCCAGUGGAGAUAGAGAAAGAUACAGCCAAUAAGAACAAUAGAUGCAGUAGUCCUACCAGUUCCAGCAGUGACUCGGGCUCAUCAUCUAGUGAUUCGGACAGCUCUAGUAGUGAAUCUGAAGGCGCUAGAGGUUUACCCCCGGGUAACAAGCUGCAGCCAACUGUGGAUGCCAAAGCAAAUACGGAACAAAAUCAAAGUGAUAUUGAUCAUGAAGCCGGGAUAAAUCAAUGUCGGAGCAGCUUGAGCCAAGUUGACCAGAGUUCCCAGACUAAGCCUCUGUCAGUUGAGGUGGAUGGUCAUAAAGAGGGGGAGAGUGCUCCAUCUGAGAGGCAAGUCUCCCCAGAUAAACUAUACCGCGCUGCUUUACUGAGAAACCGAUUUGCUGAUACAAUACUCAAAGCUCAAGAAAAGACUCUUGAUAAGGGUGAAACGCGUGAUCCAGAGAAAUUACGAUUGGAAAGGGAAGAGCUUGAGAGAAGGCAAAGAGAAGAAAAGGCUAGACUACAAGCAGAAGCCAGGGCUGCAGAAGAGGCGCGAAGGAAGGCUGAAGCGGAAGCUGCUGCUGAAGCUAAAAGGAAGAGGGAAUUGGAGAGGGAGGCGGCACGUCUUGCUCUGCAGAAGAUGGAGAAAACAGUGGAUAUAAAUGAAAAUUGCCAGUUCAUGGAGGAUCUUGAGAUGCUGAGUGCAGCUCCUGCUGAUGAUCUGUCAAGUUUUAUGGGUGAUACAAGCCCAAAUGACUCUCAAAAUGGCGGUCUUGGUAGUUUUAGAUUCAGGGGAAAUAGCAACCCCUUGGAACAACUUGGGUUAUACAGGAAAGAUGAUGAUGAAGAAGAGGAGGAAGUUGAGGCCCCACAUAAUAAUAAUAAUAAUGCUCCAGAUACAGCGGCAAACGACGUUGAGGAGGGAGAAAUUGACUAAGGUCUUUUUUGUUUGGCUGCAAGUAUUUAUCAAGGGAACGAAGAACUGCUUUCCAUGAUUAUGUUGGGAUUUGGUUCGUUCACUCUGCUUUGGAGUUUUUCAUGAGCAAUCAAUCAAAUGGGAGUAGAGUUAAGACUGGUAAUAGUUCAGCUACGAGGCUCGUGGAUAAUUUUGGUUUAGCUUCGGUUUUAAGGUGUCUGGGGUUUUUUGUCAUUUGUGCAAAAACCUACUAUGAAAGUAAGCUGUGACAUUCAUUGUCAAGGUGAAGGUAGUUUAGUUAAUCAGGCCUUUUUUUGCCCUUUAUUUUUCCUGUAAAAAAAAAAAGCAAAUUUAUUUGUAACUUGAACCAGGGCAGUAGGGCACUGCUCCUGGGGUUGUUACUUGUUAGUACAUGUUUGGCACUGCUCCGGGAUCAGGGCUUGCCUUCUUUAUAA